CAACAUUCGGAUAAGAUGUAAAUAAAAAAUCUCACUCCUAUUUUAGAUUUUGUUACUGCUAAACCAGCAAAAAUUCCAAAUUAUAAUUAGCUGACAGAGCGCCCUCUACGUUGGCUUUCCUUGGUCAUGGAUGAAAUACAGACACUUUACCCGGAAGCUUACAGAAUUUGUCAACAGUUCGCAAUAGAUCAAAACAGAAUGGAGGAGAUAAUUCAUCGUAUGACCAGGGAAAUGACCAUGGGUCUUGCAAAGGACACACAUCCAAGAGCUACAAUGAAGUGUUUUGUCACCUACGUGCAGGACCUACCAACUGGUAGGGAGAGGGGUAAUUACUUAGCGCUAGAUCUGGGCGGUACCAAUUUCCGGGUCUUGUUGGUAAACCUAGAAUCCGAAAGUACUGUACAUAUUGAUGGCCAGACCUACGGCAUUAGCAAGAGUGUAAUGGAGGGCCCGGGCAUUAAGCUAUUUGACUUUAUUGCUCAGUGUCUAUCUGACUUUUGCAAAGAUCAUAAAUUGGAAAGUGCUAAUUUACCCCUUGGCUUCACAUUCUCAUUUCCGUGCAAGCAGGUUGGCAUUGAUAAUGGCACUCUAGUUGCCUGGACGAAGGGAUUCAAGUCUGAAGGAGUAGUUAACAAGAACGUUGUCGAAUUGCUUCGAGAUGCGAUAGCCCGACGAGGCGACCUUAAAGUUAAAGUCGUCGCCAUUCUAAAUGAUACGACGGGAACUUUGAUGUCCUGCGCUUUUCAUAAGCCGAAUUGUAAAAUCGGAAUGAUUGUGGGUACGGGCAGUAACGCCUGCUACGUCGAGAAAACAUCAAAUGUCGAAAUGCUUCCGGGAUAUCAGACCAGCCAAAAACCCUAUAUGAUCAUCAACUGUGAGUGGGGUGCCUUUGGGGACAAUGGCGUGCUGGACUUUAUACGCACUCGCUACGAUAUUGAGGUGGACAACUUUUCCAUUAAUCCCAAAAAACAAGUGUACGAGAAGUGCAUCUCUGGCAUGUAUAUGGGCGAGUUGGUGCGCAAUAUUAUAGUGGAGCUGAUGGAUAAGGAUGUCCUCUUCAAGGGCGUAAAGUCAAAGGGACUUCAUGAAAGGGGUAAAUUUGAGACCCGUUUUAUAACGGAGAUUGAGUCUGAUGAGCCGGGAAGGUUUCGCAAUGCUGCAAUGGUAAUGGAUAGUCUGGGCAUCAGAACGAGCAAUGAGAAGGAUUUGAUGUGUCUGCGCUACAUCUGCGAGACCGUAUCUACGCGUUCCGCUAAAUUGGCUGCCUGUGGGCUGGUCUGUUUGAUCCGGAAAAUGAAUGUCAAGGACUUGUCAGUGGGUAUUGAUGGUAGUGUAUAUCGCUUUCAUCCGCAUUACCAUAGAUUAUUAAUGGAAAAUAUGAACUUGCUGCUGAACGGUACAGUAAGAUAUGAAUUGGUUCUUUCCGAAGAUGGUUCAGGCCGCGGUGCGGCGCUGAUUGCUGCAGUUUGUGCACGGGACUAGUUUCGCAGCUCUUAGACUGUAACACGCAGCACAAUAUCGGAAGCGCAAAAUUGAGUAACGCAAAUAUGAGAAGUUUAGCGUAGUGUGGAGCACGUCUUAUUACCUUUCUGGCUAACGAUAUAUUAAGAGCAACUUCAUGCGCUACACACUCAUUUAUUAAGAAUAAUUUGA